AUGAAGCUAAAUAAUUUCGAGAACGAACUUCUGGCUGACUGGGUGGAUGAGUUGAAGUACAAAAAAGGUGAUUAUCUAGAACCUCUCGUUUGCCAGCAAACCAUAAAACUGAUAAAAUUGACUUGUACCACUUUUAAACAGGAUAUUCAUGUAUUUAUAAUGUCUAUCGAUACGCUUGAAGAUUAUAUUCGAAGGAAAAACUUAAAGAACGAAGAGAUCUGUGAAAAUGCCUUAGUCAUAGCUGCGAUUGUGUUUAUGUCGAGUAAGUACAUGGGGGAGCAAGAUUUGAAAGUGCAAUAUAUAGAGAAGUUUUUAACAAAAAUAACAGGAAAAGAAUACGGUAAAAACGCCGUGAAACGUACCGAGAUGGAGAUACUCAAGACUCUAGACAACAAAUUACCAGUUAUUACACAAGUGGACGACUUAAACACAUUUGUGACAAAAUACGAGAGGGAAUGCAUGAUAAAAGUCAGCAUAAGACCACUUUGCUUAGAUAUCCUAGAAGCGCUGUACUUAACGAGAGACAAAUGGUUCUUCGAACUCAAAACCGUCUAUAUCCAAAGCGAAGAAGCUUUGAACGUGUUUAAGUCGCUGAUGAGCAGUAGGUUUUACUUACCCGUAGGUAUACUGUUGUACACUUUCCUACACACGAAUUACGAAAAUUUUGUAUGCAUCGACGACAUCAUCGAGGAGUUAACGAAUAGAAUGCACAUACAUUCCGAUCAUGUGAGCCUUCUGGUGUCUAAAAUACACGAAGUAGUAAGACUGGAUGAAGAUAAUUAA